UAAAAUUAAAAAUUAAGUCACUUAAAAUUAACUAAGUCGAGUUCAAAAAUCAUCAACUUUCAAACUAAAUACCACACCCUCUGCGCAGAAAUCAAUUUCAAACAAUUUACAUUUGCAAAUAAACGCAUUUUUCUUUGGCGUCAACAUUUCUUUUUUUUUUUUUGAACGGAUGCGUGGCGGCAUCUGCACGCACGCGCAUCGACGUGCGAAUGCGGCGACCGGCGCGUCUCUCUCGCCGUGUACCGUGCACGUAGAGAGACGCGCGCGUCGUUGCAUUCACGAGUCCCCGAAGUGUAUAAUACGCUCGUGCCCGCGGCGAGCGGAGUCAGUCUUGGGCAAGAUGGCCGGUAGGUCGAGUACGGCCCUCUAUUUCUACCUCGCGCUAUUCCUCCAUCUGGUCCUGCUAACCGAGUGUAACUACGGUGUGCGGUACGGUGACAGGGCGAAGCGGCUGCACGUCGCGGAGCACGGUGACGAGUCGCGGUACAGGAAGCCGCUGAUUAUCAACAGGCGGAGCGCGGAUCCGCGCGACGGCGAUGACCACGUCGGGGAAAGGUCGUACGGCCGUACGCGCCGCGACGCACCGCUGCCGGAGCACCCAAACAAUAACCCAAACAUCACGACGAAGGUCAAUGCUUUAAAUGAUUCGCAUCAGCAACUGAUGGUACAUUGGGUCGGGGAGGGUUCCAAUGUAAUAAUAUGUCUAGCGAGGGACAGCACGCCCGUGGUGCGUUACCAAGGAGGUAGAUUCUCUUCCCCGACCCAUCCUAGCGCUGUGUACAUCAGUUACGAUUACGGUGAUACGUUCGAGAAUAAGACUGAACAGUUCAGGAUUUCGUCCGAGCCCAAUGCUGCAUAUGCGGUUGUAGACAAAUUCACCAAUCAUCCUAAGUACUACAAUCACUGCGUCUUUGUGGACAGUCUGGAUAAUUUAAUCUUUAUAACACAUAAUAACGGUCUAACAAUCCAGAGGGUCGCCGUGCCGUUUCACCCGACCGAGGUCUCGUUUUACGAAUUAGAUCCACGAGUGCUCAUCGCACUCGACAAAAUCGAUCCAGCGCGGAAGUUGUGGUUGUCGACCGAUCGUGGAGCAGUCUGGGUGCCAAUUCAUCAAUAUGUAAAAGCUUUCUUUUGGUCUCCUUAUCGUGUUUUAUUGGUUGAACGUACGGAGCCGACUGGAGUGAAUACAGUCUUGAAGUUAGAUCUGCGAAAUUUCCCCUGGUAUCAGAGAGGGAAUACUCCAUUACGAAUGAGAAUGUCUAUACGAAAAGAAUUUACCGUCGUCAUUCAAAACGUUGAGGAUUUCCAGAUCAGAGGCGACUAUAUGUUUGCCACCAUGAAAAAUUCGAAGAAUGGAACAUCGGAACAUUUGGAUCUCUAUGUCUCUUAUAAGAAUCAGUCAUUUGUCCUGGUACAUUUUAACACGGAAUUGGACUGCAGAGAUUAUCAUAUCGUAGACGUAGCAUACAAUCGAGUUUUCAUUGCUGUGUCGCACAGCGACACUAUGGUCAAUCUUUACGUGUCGGAAAUUAUAGAUCACGAAAAAGCCAUAUUUACAUUAUCUCUGGAGAGCAUCCUCACAUUUUUCCCCAACAGCACUUGGAAGGACAGUUGGUUGAAUGAUGUGGCUGACGAGGUAUUCACGGAUCUGUAUAAGGUCGAGGGUCUUCGAGGUGUAUACAUAGCGUCACGGGUCAAAGGUACUCCAAAAUCGAGCUCGAUUGGUCCAGAACACUUGGAAUCGUUAAUCACCUUUGAUCACGGCGUCACUUGGAAUAAUGUUAGAGCACCGGCAGCGAAUCACGAGGGUUACUACAUACAUUGUGGGAAAAACUGCUCGUUACAUUUGAGUCAGCGAUUCAGUCAGUUAUAUCCGGUGACGAGAUCCGUUACCAUCAUGAGUUCGAAAUCGGCGCCUGGAAUAAUAAUGGCCACCGGUGUGAUUGGAUCCAGCUUGAAGGGUCAUCCAGCUCUUUAUGUGUCCAGAGAUUCUGGUCUUACGUGGAAACAAGUUCUGAAGGACUAUUAUUUCUUUAACAUGGGCGAUCACGGAGGUUUACUGGUGGCGGUUAAAUAUUUCAAAUCACGUGGGGAGACCAGGGAUAUAUCGUACUCGACAGACGAGGGCGAGACGUGGCAGACGUAUGAGUUCAACGAGAAGAUGUUACGCGUCUACGGCCUCAUGACGGAGCCUGGAGAGAACACCACGGUGUUUACCAUGUUUGGGUCGGACAGCGGACAGCAUCAGUGGCUCAUCAUCAAGGUCGAUUUGCGAAAUGUGUUUGAGAGGGAUUGCACGGAGAACGACUAUAAGUUUUGGUCACCGACAAGCACCGAACAGCCGGUCAUGGCAUGUGUGUUGGGACGCAAGGAAACGUAUCAGAGACGCGCGGCGCGCGCCAAUUGUUACCAGGGCGUGAAUUACGAUCGACCUGUGAGAUUGGAGAUCUGUCAGUGCGACGCGAAUGAUUAUCAGUGCGAUUACGGUUUUAUGCGGGUCGGCAGUCCGUAUCAUUGCAUUCGCAAUAAAACCGUCGCUGAUUACGACCCUUACGCCGUGCCGGCUACCUGCGAGUCUGGCAAGUUCUACAAUCGCACGAAGGGUUACGUGAAAAUAAAUGACGAUGAUUGUAGCGGCGGUUUUGCGAGAAAUUUUGAGCCUGAUGAGAUCCCGUGUCCGAUGAAUGAGAGACCGGAAUUCCUGUUGGUUGCUCAACGAGAACACAUUUCGCGAAUCGACUUGGUGGACAGUGGUAAAAUGGAGACGUUACCUGUACACGAUUUGAAGAACGUCAUCGCAAUCGAGUUCGACAUGGCCAACAAUUGCUUGUACUGGGCGGAUAUCGUGAACGACACGAUAGGCAGACAAUGUUUGAAGGAUGGUACUAGCUAUCCCGAGAUUCUCGUCGAGACCGAUCUGAGCUCCAUCGAGGGAAUGGCCUAUGACUGGGUAUCCAAGGUGCUCUAUUUCGUGGACGGUGUCAAGAUGAGGAUACAGAUAAUCCGCACGGACGUGUCUACCAUGGGUAGAAUGCGCAGGACGAUAUUGGGCCCGAACAAUUUGCAGAAGCCACGAGGUAUUGCGGUUCAUCCUAUGAACGGGUAUAUGUUCUGGACUGAUUGGGCGCCGGGUAACGCCUCGGUGUCUCGAGCCAACCUAGACGGCACGGAUGUGAAACGAUUGUUUAUCAAGCCUACUGUCGAGUGGCCGAACGGAAUAACGAUCGAUCACAUCGCCGAACGUAUCUACUGGGUGGACGCACGAGCGGAUUACAUAGCCUCCUCGGACUUUGACGGUAAAAGAUAUAAGAAGAUUAUUGGCAGCGACGGACGCGUUUCUCAUCCGUUCGCGGUAGCUGUGUUCAAGGACAACGUAUACUGGGAUGACUGGAAGCAAUCGAUGAUAUUUGUCGCUAACAAGGACCACGGGAUUGGCAUUAGUCCGGUGAUUGAGUUUCAGAUUGCAGGUUUGAUGGAUCUGAAGAUUUUUGCACACAGCGUGCAGAUCGGCACAAACCAAUGCGCGAGUAACCACACUUGCUCGCACAUCUGCCUGGGUGCGCCGCAGAACAGUUACGUCUGCCUUUGUCCGGACGGCAUGGUGAUGACAGAGGGCAAGUGUCUGUGCCCGAACGGUGUCAAGCCAUACGCCAACUCGACGUGUCCGCGCAUCGCCAGUACCUGCUCGUCCAAUCAGUUUGCUUGCAACAACAACGUGUGCAUCCCUGAGUUCUGGAAAUGCGAUGGCGACAACGAUUGCGGCGACAACUCGGACGAGAUACAUUGCAACCGCGCCACGUGCAGCCCGAACAACUUCGAGUGCGAUGAUAACAAGUGCAUACCCAAGUACUGGGUGUGUGAUCUGGAUCGCGACUGCAAGGACGGCAAGGACGAGAUGAAUUGCACAUACAGUAAUUGCACCGACAUGCAGUUUAAGUGUGACAACGGCCGCUGCAUAUCGUACCGUUGGCGCUGCGAUGGUGAGGACGACUGCCGGGACGGCUCGGAUGAGAAGAACUGCACCAAGAAUGUGCAGCCGAACACGUGUCGAUCCGAUGAGAUCGCCUGCAAGUCAGACAACACGUGCAUACCGACUUCCUGGAAAUGUGACGGCGAGCCCGACUGCGAGGACGGCGCCGACGAGAAGGACUGCAACAGUAUGGAGUGCGAGUCGUGGCAAUUCCAAUGCAACAAUACCAAGGAAAACGGACAUCGGUGCAUAUACAGGACAUGGGCGUGCGACGGCGACAAGGACUGCAUCGACGGCUCGGACGAGGUGAACUGCACCACCACUACUACCCCGCUCCCGCCGCCGCUGAGCCCGAUUCUGCCGACGAAUUCCUGCAACGAUUGGAUGUUUAUGUGCAAUAACAAGAAAUGCGUGCCUUACUGGUGGAAGUGCGACAGCGUGGAUGACUGUGGCGAUGAUUCCGAUGAGAUAGGUUGUGGUGGUGGCGCGAUAGACGGCGGGAUGUUGGAGCCCACAUCUCCGACUCUCACGACUCCACAAUCGCGUAAUUGCCGUGAACACCAGUUCCAGUGCUAUAACAACGAUUGCAUCGAGAACUCAUGGGUGUGUGAUGGCUCAAAGGACUGUCCGUCCGGCGAGGACGAGCUGCACUGCGAACAAGCGCAACUACCAUGCCGCGAGAACGAUCAAUUUAUGUGUCGUCAGGACGGCUCAUGCGUGCCGCUCUCUAGCAUCUGCAACGGUGUCGAGGAGUGUCCGGAUGGCAGCGAUGAGCUCGGUUGUCACACGAAUCAAGAAACGAGUCCUCCCGCCACACCGUCCUGCUACGUCGGUCUUUUCCCGUGUGACGAGACCCGUUGCUUUCCGCUGGCCGCUUACUGCGACGGCAAUCAUGACUGUCUGGACGGCUUCGAUGAGAACAAUUGUGAGAAGAAUAACUCGCGCGUGUAUCAGGUAUUGGUGAUGGGUGUGGACGAGCGUUCUAUCAACGAUUCGAGUCUCUUCCUCUUUUGGUGGAUGCCAAUACCAUCAAAUGUGACGUUUGAAUUUCUGCCAUCAAUCGCGCGAGCGGUACCAGAGACUAAGUGGACCAACGCCAGCGAGUGGAUUGAGGAUACGGAGUAUCAGUUCAACAAUCUCGAGCCGUACACAAAGUAUAAUCUGACGGUCUACGUGAAGUUGAAGGGUCAGACCACAGUGUUUCCACCGGCCAAGUAUCUGGUGGUGAUGACCGGCGAGGGCGUGCCGACCGAACCGUGGAACGUGACCGUCACGCAGAAGAAUGGCACACGCGUGGAGGUUUCUUGGCGACCACCAUUACGUCCGAACGGUCUCAUCAUCGGUUAUCAGGGUUACAUCACGCCACCGAUACCGCCAAUGGAGUUUACUCGGCAGAAAACCUCCGCGAUUAUCGACAUGGCGUUUGAAGCGGGCAAAAAUUAUUCCUUCUGGAUAGUUGCGAAGAAUCGGCAGUAUUCAUCGACCUCGUCGCAGGUUGCCACGUUGACGUUUGAUGGCUCGGCUAAUAUUGACGAUAUUGAGGAUCUCCGCGUGGUAGCCACGACAAAUCAUUCCGUCACUCUUACGUGGAAGAAGAUGAAGGACGUGGACGGAUAUCACGUCACUCCUAGAGCACCACCGGCCUAUCCGGUCUCGGAAACCGUCACGACUAAGGAGAAUACGAUGGAGGUCAACAAUUUGGCGCCAGGCACUAAGUACACCUUCGAGGUCGGCGCUAUGAAGAAGAAAUACAUCGGCAAGGUCGCCAUGGUGACCACCACGACAAACGGCACCGCGCUGCCGACGAUAAUGAACUUUGAUGCGCAAUUGGUGAAGUCCCAGAGGACAACUGUCAAGCUUACUUGGGAUCCUCCAAAAAGUAACAGAAAGAUUAAAUGGCAAUAUGCAGUUUAUUACGCUACCAACAUGAUGGAGUUCUUUAAAACUAAAAGACUUCUCACCACUAAUCUUACGACGACAGUCAAGAAUUUGGAAGCCUGUGAGUCGUAUGUUUUUGCUGUUGGCGUUUACGGUAAUUAUGGGGCUGGACCUUUAAAUCAACCGCAUACGGUCAUAACGCACUUUAACAAACGCGCGCCUCCGAAAAGAUUACGAGUAACGCCAUCGCCGGAUAAAAACGACAGCAUAAUUGUUUCGUGGAGUGCAAGUUGUCCAACAAUCGACGAAUCGAUCAGUUACACGAUUUCUGUCACGGAAAUGAUUCUCAACAAGCAGGUGGUUGUAACAUUACCGCCGACUAAUGAAACCAUCAUGAAGCAUACGUUUAAUUCCGUUAAGUACGGCGGGAAGUACAAUAUUACAAUAGCCACAGAUGUUGAAAAUGCCAUACCUACGCAACCGUUCAUUUAUAUAGCACCGCCGAUCAAGCCGCCUCAUCAGCUCACAGUUUUACACGAUAAUAAGGAAUACUUGAUUUAUUGGCAAGAACCAGAUUUACCGGAAAACAUUCGGAAUGAUGCCGAUCGGUACUACGAAAUUUUAGUGGCCGAGGGAUCGAGAACAAUAAACGAGUCGACCGCCAAAGUAUUACCGGCCAAAGAUCCGCCGCCUUAUCGCUACAAGGAAGCUAAAACUGAUACGAUUUAUACCUUUGCCGCGCGUUUGGUCACGAAUGAUGGUUACCAAAGUCCAUUGAGCGAAACUUGGAGUACGCAAAUUUCAGGAUCGCAGUUCCCAGUGAUAAUGAACACGUCGAGCAUAUUAUCCCUCGCUAUACCGAUCUGUCUGGUCGUCAUAGCGCUUGGUGCUGCACUUGCGUAUUUCAUCGUUCGACACAGGAGGCUAUCAAAUAGCUUUACACAGUUCGCCAAUAGCCACUACGAUACGAGACGGGGACAAGCCACUUUCCCUGGUACGACAGACAGUUUAGAAGAAGAAGACAGUCCGGUAAUCCGAGGCUUUUCGGAUGAUGAACCGCUCGUAAUUGCAUGAAUACCAUAUAUAAAUGUAUAAACAGAAUAUUUACGUACUAGAAAAGGAGAUGUGCCAAGACACUAUUAAUAUGAUAAUUUUGAAUCAAGCAUUAUGGUGGAAAGAAAAGCUUUUAUGAAAGCAUCUCAAGACUGAAUACUUGACUGUAACCGUAUUUGCGUUGUUACAGUUAAUGUUUAUUGAUCGGUAAACAGGCUGCUUAGAGCGCUUACACAAGAGCUUUUCGCGCCAUUCAUACGGUACGUUGUAGAAAUAUAUGGUAUAUAUGUACAUCACGAGUGAUUGGAGUGACUACUUGCCGUCGUAGUUUGGAGAAGUGCCAGUGCACCUCCAAAUUCGAGUGUAAACAAAACGAUUGUAAGAUGAUUGGAAGCGUGGCUUUACUUGUCUAGCGUAAGAAUAAAUCGAUGAAACGGCAAUUUGUAUAUAGUAAAUAUUUUUUAUGGAUUGAUUGUGAGAUUUUUGAGGUGACACACAUUUGCAUUUUUAAUAUUGUAUUUAUAUGAUCAUGUAUGUGUGAAAAAAGCUUUUUUAGUCCAUAUUCAGAUUUAUUGAUGCGAAAGGAAGUUACCGGCGUCGGGGACGAAUUUUUUAUUAAAAACUGUUUUAAUAAAUACCCACAGAGGCCAUAAGUUUUUUCCAUAUAGCAAGUACAUGACCAAAGUAUAACUCUUUCUUCUAAUGCCGUAUUCAUAAGAAAUAUAUCAAAUCUUUCGUUUGUUUAUAGAAAUAGAUAUAGAAUACGUUUCUGCAACUGUUUUACUUGGCUUAAAUAAUCGUUUUAAGUGAUUUUUUAUGAUCGUCCCGAUUAUAAUUUUACAUCAAGUGGGAUACGGCAUUGAAAGAAGUUUUUAUAAGCGAGUUUCAAAAUCUCGCUGAAAGAGGGUUACCUGACCUUCGUAAAAAGUGUGCUCCAACUUGUGAUUUUUGAAUAUCAAUGCUAAAUACAGAUUUUUUAUCUUUGAAUAUACGAAAAAAGUUAUAUUCGAUAAAUAAUUAUGUGCUUUAUACGGUUAAAGUAAAUGACAUUCUCUUAUCUUUUAUGUCAAAAGAAUAGUAGAUUAUUCUCUCGAGAAAAGAUCGAAUGUUUUUAAUUAAGAUUAGGAGAGGUUUACAAACAAGACGCCGAGAAAGCAGCAGAUGUUUUCAGUGUGAAUAAGAUGAUAACGACACCGGCGUGACUUUUAGAUUAUUGUAAAUAAUGUUUAAAUAUUUAAGCGCGUGAACCUUCACCGCUUAAUUCUUGUUGGAUUAUCCGUAAAAGACAUUUGUAAUUAUUAAAAUCCUGCAGUCAGUUAUAUUUUUUAUGUGAAAAUAUAUAUAGUCUAAAAUCCCAUGCAUAUAAACGGUUUUCUCAUUGCGAUGAGAAGAAACCAUCGAUUUUACAGAAUUUUUUGCUGUAUAUGAUACACAUAUAUACGUGCACACGAACGAUUAUUUUAUUGCGUAGAAUUUAGAGAUAAGAUUGAUCGUAUUCUUAAUUGAUCGUCUUUUGUUGCCUCUUCUCUUCUCAAACAAAGAAAAGAAAUACAAGAUGUGUUACGAAUUUCUAGAAAUAUUUUUGAGUUGAGGUUUAUCACUCUUUAUUCGAGUCAAUGUCGAGUGGAGGAACGAGUUAAACACAUUAAAUGGAUAAAAAAACUAUCGAUAUUUAAAAAAUUGAGACAUUUUUAUCUAUGUCCUGUAACAUUAUGAAAUUGUGAAUUAAUCCAAAUCUUGAUAGCAAGAUUGUAAUUCACGCUUAUCCUACUGCAGCAUAGUGACAUCUUUAAAAAUUUCGCUCUUUUUAACACUAGAAUAAUCAAACCCGUCAAAAUAAUGGAUUUCAAAUUUUUAGAUUACAUUAUAAAAACUAUUAAGGUGAUUUUUGUCGAAUUUUUUACUUUUAGAUUAAUUAUUUAAAUAUUAAAGAAGUUCACAAUAAUAACAAAUAUAUGAAGAAGUUAAAAAUAAAAACAAAAAAUGAUAAAAAUAGGUACACAUUUAAUGCCAGUUGUUCUAGUGUUAAUGACAACAAGUUAAUGAAAAGACAACGUUUACAGUAUUAGUGAGGCUUGAUUCGUUUUCUUUGUAUCGUAGCUAACGCCAGGAGAUGGUGAUCUCUCGUAUUGAAUUGAUUGUAAAGAAAAGGUUCCUCUACUAGUGUUUGACACGAUUGCACACUCGACUGGCCCAACGAUUUACUUCUUUCUUUCUUUUUCGCUACAUGUUACAUGUUGGAGGAGAAAACAUUAAUGAAGAUGUCGAUGUUUUUAAAUCUUUGUUACGCGGUUAUUAUACGUAAUCAAUAUUGUUGAUACAAAUGUAUUACAUAAUAAUAACGAUCUUUGAUUUGAUAUGAAUCAAAUGGUUAAUUAUUAUUGUGUAUAUGAAUAUGUAUUCUGAACAUGUUUUGCAAUGAUAUUGAUUAUGUAUAGGCCGUUUUAUAGGGCGAGAAUGACGAGAAUAGAAGAGAAUAUAGCUGAUUUACAUGUAAAUGUCAAAAGUUAUAAUGCGACAAGAAAAAGACAGUGAUAUAUAAUAUAUAUACAUAUAUAUAAUAUAUUUACAUGUAAAUAAAUAAAUUUAAGGCACAGAAUAUUGACAUUUAACUCA